UUGACAACUUUAAUGUCCCUUCUCAUGUAAGUUUCGUUUGGUUCAGCGGAUUUCAUUCUUGGGAUCUCUCUCUCUCUCUCUCUCUCUCUCUGAUAUCUUCCUUGAGAGAAUGGCCCAGCAGAUCCAAAUCCCCAUUUUAUCUGCUUUUCCCAUUUUCUCUGAAAAAUUUACUUUUUGAUUUUGGAGCUCUUUUGGCUCAUUUGUUCCGCUUCCGGAUUUUUGGCUUUCCAUCCGGCUGUUUUUGUUUUUCUUCUACCUUUUUCCCCCCGCUACAUAGCAAGCGUCGAGGUACAAUGAGUGAAGAUUCCAUUGUUGGGUUUUGGAGAGGUGGCGAGAAUUAGAUUUCUUCUUCUGGUAAGUUUAUAUUGAUUUUCUGGAUUCCGUGCAUAAAGAACAUUUUCCGGGUGGGAUUGUGCUGAUUUUCUCUUCUGUUUUCUUCUGUCUUCGCUGGUUUUUUCGCACCAAAUGAUCAGUUUUUGUGUAAGAAUUUAGUACUUUUCGACGACUCAUAAUCAUUUUGGAACAUUUUUGAAGGACAAUUCCGAUUUGAAUCAGUGACUAGUGUACUCGGCUUCAGUAAUAUCGUCAUUUUUCUUCACUCGCUUUGUAAUAGUGUUCGGUCUGCGAAGGAGAGGUUUCAAUUAAUGUCGUAAUUAAUGAAUUUUCCAUCGGUUGUACUUUUUUUUUCCUUCCUUCUGGGUACCUCCUACGAUUUGUAAAAUUCGAUCGGAUUCACUGAAAAUUUCACUGCAUGAAUGCGAUUCUCAUACAUUCUCCAUUCAUUCGUCCAGAUACUUUUUCCGGUUUCUCUGACGAUUUUGAUUGAAGUUGCUUUUAGCUUCUGACCCCAAGAAAAAAUUACCAGGUCUUUUUCUUAAGUUCGAAGGAUAAGAACUAUCGUUUUCGGCGGCUUAUUCAUCGUGAUGGAUUCUUUGGGCAUCUGGUUCUGUUGCAAAAUAUGAUUUGCUGCUUCACAAGUAGAAGUUUUAAUAGCGUUGGGACUCCACUGCUCGUUAUGACUUCUAACCUGUGAACUCAGUUCGUUGUCUACUAAUCUUCACUUGGAUCAAUAAUAUUUACCAAAAUCGAUCGGAAUAGGCUCUGUUUUUGAAAGGAGAUAAAUGUUUUCAUUCAAUUGGAGCUGAGGGUUCCAUGUUAUAAAUUGUAAUAUCUGCAUGUUCCAUGAUGGCAUUGUUGGGUAUGGGUGCAAAUGUGCAAUGCAAUGGCACAAAGCCAGGAUAUCACUCCAGUAGGGACCUUAUCUUUGGCCCUGAAGGCAGCACAAGGACCUCAUCUAAUAAUAACUUUGAAAUACAGAAUGGCGUCUUCAUCAAUGGUUCCUUGCCAAUAGAAUACAAUAAGGAACUGGUGAAACAGACAAUACUCAAGCAUGAAGUCAUGUUCAAGGAACAAAUUCAUGAGCUGCACCGCCUUUACAACAGACAGAAGGAACUAAUGGAUGAAGUUAAAAGGAAUUUUGAUAAGCAUUUAAGUUUGGGGAUAUCAUGGUCAAGUUCUAACCCAUCUCAUGUAUCUUCUAAAACGCCAAACUUGCCAUGGUCAACUGGUCAAUCAUCUGCUAUAGUUGUUGAAAACAUUCAGAUGUCAUUGGAUUCUGGGAAAGGAAACAGCAGGCAAAUACAUUCUGCUUCCGCUCUAUUUCCAGCCGAAGGGUGUUCAAAAGAUUUUAGAGUAUCACAUUUAGAAAACAGGAAAGUUGGCAAUAAAUUUUUGGAUCUCCAUCUUCCUGCUGAUGAGUACAUUGAUAGUGAAAAAAAGGCCAAGUCCUUGGAAAAUGAAAUGGUUUCGAAAUUUCCCCGGGUUUCAGCUUACACUUUAGAAGGGGUUUCUCAGGCUGUGUGUAACAGUGAUAAGCGACCAUACGGAGCUAACUUAAAUGGUUUGAGCAAUUUAAAUGAACCAUUUGAACACUUGAAAGAGGCAACUAUGAAGUUUGAUGACCCAAUGGGCCCUGCUAGUCACAAGAAGGGCCCCUUUCAUGAUCUGUCAACGAGGGGAGAACCUUGCUUUCAUAAUAUGUCUAAUGAUGUAUUCUGGAAUCCUUACAAAAGACAGGAUCACGAAGGUCGCACAGACAACCAACCCUCAGAGAAGAAGAACCAGGAGCAGCUGCCCUAUAUGAUUAGAGCUGAUCAAAUUAACCAAAGACCCUGGAGGGAAAGAGAGUUUUCUUGCGGAGAGAGCUCUGUGGGAACAACAAAGGGUCCAAUGAGUGCUAGCUUGCUUGGACCAAGUAGUGAUCCUUAUCAACUUGUCUCUGGGCCUGAUGUGAUAAGCUUCAGGAUUCCUCCGCAAGUUUUAUUGAAAGCACCUGGAUCUAACACAGUUGAAAACCAGACAGCAGUUCAAGCGCUGCCUCAUUUUGGCACCUCUUCACUGUUUGAUCAGAGGUCUAAACCAUUGACAGGAUUGCCUGGGCCUACUGGAGAUGAGCUAUACACUAGUGAAAAUAUUAAAUCUGGCGUUAAUUUGGAUUGCCAAAACUUUCUUCAGAGCAGCUUUUUCGGUGGAUCCAAAACAUCAGAUGCACCAUCAUUUCUUACCAACCAUCUAAACAGCUUUGCCAAUCAAAGCUCACCUACCAGCCAUGAGCUUAGGAAGCAUGUUAAAGAUUCUGAAGAUGUGGAGACUUCUAAUAACAUAAACUUGAAUGUGGUGCCUGCAAAUAAUUCUGAAACAGCAGCAUUUCAAAACGUUAAAGAAGAUCUUUUACCCGAAGGGAAACCCUGUGGAGAAAAUAAAAUCUCUGUCCAAACGGAAUCUUUUCUUUUAAAGCCUUGUGAUUCUGGAAUUACACGUGGUUUUGAAUUAAUGACGACUGGGGCAAGAGACUGUAGUGGAAGGAAGAUUCACGCUUCUAACACUAAGGGAGAGCCUGAGACUUCCUCAGAUCAGUAUUCUUUUCGUGCUUCCCCCUCCCGAGUUUGUCAGAACCAAACCAAAAACGAGAAGAUUGAGGAAACUCAGAAAGGCUGCGUGCCUGAUAUUGAGUUACCUCGCAAUCAUGUGCCUGGCUUGGGAGAUCAGAUAACUACUGGAGAGAAUUUGACAAAGAAUGAAGAGGGGAGAGAACUCAAAUGUGGAGCAGGGAUCAUUGACCUAAAUAUAUCCAUGAAUGAGGAUGAGAACUUGCCAGUUGAUAUUGAUUUUCAGGCACCCGUGAGUCCUGAAAACAAGGAAUCUUCUCCACCCAGAGGGGAAUCUGAUGAAAACCAGCUUGAGAUUUCAUAUCAAUUGGCAGGACAAGAGUGUUCUGAGCUACAACCAGAGGAAGCUCGACUUGCAGCAGAGGCUUUGAUUUCCAUAUCAGAAUCUGUGGCCCAUAAUGGUCUCCAAAUGAUCACCUGUCCACCUUUGGGGUCUCUUACGAGUAGUCCUCUUCAUUGGUUUGCCCGAAUUGCCACCUCAGUAACGGAUCAUCCAGGGAAUUCCAUUAAGGCAGAUUUCAUUGGCAAUACCAGUGAUCAUGAGGAGUUUCUUUCAGCUGGCAUUGAUUACUUUGAGGCCAUGACCUUAAAGUUGACCGAAACAAAGUCCCUAGACUGCUUCGGAAAGAGCAGUGGUCAGAAAGGGGAAGAAGGUGGAUCUACUUCGCCAACUCAGCCUAGGAAGGGAUGGGCCAGUAAGGGAAAGCGGCAGAAGGACUUUCAAAGCGAAAUCCUACCCAGUCUCACCUCUCUUUCUAGAUACGAGGUCACCGAGGAUCUUCAAACCAUAGGGGGUCUAAUGGAAGCUGCUGGUGCUCACUCAGAAAGAGUUUCUCUUAGAGGUGCAGGCAGAAAUGCAUUGGCUAGAGGAAGAAGAAGGUCCUCUGCUUCAGUCCCCAACAAUACAGACUCGUUGAAGCAGCAGCCAAAUAGUGGUGUAAAAUUGGGCAUUGAGAAAAGGGGCUUAAUGAGUUGGGGAAGGGCAAAUCGAAAGCCUAGGGGAAAGAGGUGUCCUGCCAGAAAUCCUCAGUUUUUCUGGAGCCAAGUAUCUUAUAACCGAAUCUAAAACUCUGGAUUUUGAAUGAGUUUCCAUAUGAGCUACAAGAUCGUCUUGUAAAUUCCUUCAUAAAUAAUAAUGUGUACAUGUUAACAGAUAGAUAGGAAAGAAAUCGUGUAUAUUUUGGCUGGGGAUGUAAGAACUUUUUUCCAUCUGGCUUGCUUGAUGGAUGAUCCAAUUGUUUACCAUAGCUACUGUUUGACCUC